AUGUUGUGGUGGAAUUUCGUACUAGUUGUGUGCUUGGGAUUUGGAGCCCAUGCUGAUAAUUCCCAUGAGACUGGCGUAGGAUCCAAAACAGGGUCUCUGACAACAUCCUGUCCUUGUGGAAUGUCCAAGAAAGGAAGAAUCGUUGGAGGUACCAAGGCCCUGCCGAAUGAAUACCCAUGGAUGGUAAUGAUGGUUAAAGGUAACAGUAUGGAUGUCUUGUGCGGGGGCUCAAUCAUUAACACUAAGGUCGCCAUCACAGCCGCUCACUGUGUUCAUAGGUUGCGUAGUAAUACAAAACUCAAUAUCAUUGCUGGAACAUCUGACGUCAACAAGCCUGGUCAGAUUGUGCCUGUGAGUAGCUGGAUUAAGCAUGAGGCAUAUUAUAGUCCUGAAGCUUCUCAGACUGUCAACGACAUCGCUCUACUUCUGUUGGCAAAGCCUCUUCAAUUCAACCCCAACGUAGGACCAGUCUGCAUGCCUACCGGCAAUUACAACCUCAAGAAUAAGUGGGUCAAACUAAUCGGAUGGGGUCAACUUGGUGGAUUCUUGCCAUCCACCAGACAGCUGAUGGAAACAGAUGUUAGAGCAUUACCAUCCAGGAAAUGCCAGAAGGAGUUCUCUCUGAAAGCUCCUCAAACACAGAUCUGUAUCCAGGCACCAGGCACAGGAGCCUGUAUGGGUGACUCUGGUGGUCCAGUAACCUAUUUGGACCCUGAAACCAACAGGUACACCUUGGUUGGUCUUGUUUCUUUUGGCAGUGGGUUCUGUGACCCAAUUGAACCAACCGUAACAACAAAUGUUGCAGCCUUCCUUCCUUGGAUAAAAUCAAAGAUCAGCACUCUCGGAUGUCAAAAGGUUAGUCGCAGAAAAUUGAGGAACUUCCGUGACAUAGUUUUUGGAGGAUGA